UUACAACGAACAUAAUGCCGAGAGCAAAAAACAGUAUUCGGAUAUAUUACUCUCCUUGCAACCACACACAAAAGAAAUGUUUAAUUUGGAAGAAAAAGAUAAAUUUGUUGCUGGUUUUAAGCAUAAUUUGGAUAAGUAUUUCCCUAAAACGGCAAAACAGAUAAUUGCUGUAUCAUCAAUUAAUCAUACUAAUAAGAACAAGAAAAGCAUGCAGACUUCUGCAAGACUACAAAAUUACAGAAAGAAUAGAGCAAACGUAGCCACAGGUAUAAAUCAUAAUAGACCUAUAAAAUUAUAUCAGACUAAUAAAUAGAGAGAAGAAAUAAAAGGAAUAUUCUUCUAAUAUCAAACAAACAGUCAAAAGUGUAAAAAGCAUUAGAGUAAAACGCAAAGAGAAUCAUUACGAGACAACAAUGAACAAGAAGACAGAUUUUUCCCAAGUGAUGAAAAAUAGAAAUGUCACAACUGACAAGACAGAAACGACGGAAUACUUUAUGAAAACUCAGCGGACGCAAUAUGAUUUGUACGAAUACAAAGAAACUAUGAAUAAAGAUAUAAAAGAUACUUUGGAUCAGAUUUUAAUCUUGGAAAAAGGCGUUACUUCUCCAAUAGAUAACGAAAGCUCUUACAAUGAAUCAUACGAUUACGAGAGAUUCAAAAUGGAAUACGAACAUCAAUUGGAAUAUGACAUAAAGGAAGGGAAGGUGUUAAAUUACACCGAGACGGAAGAAUCGAAUAACACACCGAAAAAAGUGUUGAAAAGAAUAAUGAAUUUAAAACAACCCGAGAACUGUACGAAGGAGGAACUCAGCCAAAUUGGAAUUAAAGCGAUAGAGUGCCUUUUGUACGAUUAUCAGCGCAUGAAGGAUAUAACAACUGCGAAAGUAGUUCUUUCGAGGACGUGGUUGGUUUUACGAAUAUGGAUCUUCAUUUAUAUUUGCUUGGCGAUUCUCUGCUGGUGUCAACGAGGAUGGUGUUGCUGUUGUUUCCGUUGUAAAUUUUGCUUUCCGCGAAAAAGGAUUAUACUUGUUAAACAAUAUUAUACAAUGAAUCCACCUGGCGUUUUCAUGAAGGAUUUCAAAAAGAAGAAAGAUGUGAAGAAAGAGGAACCUAUUAGAUAUGGAGCUACUAAAUAUGAAUACGAUGCCUACAAGACUCUUGAAACUGCAAUAAGAAAUAUAUGAAUGUUAAUGCAUUUGCGUUUUAUCUGCUAACGGGUUUAUACAUACCAUGGUAGGAAAUAGAAAUGUGAUUUUAAAAUAUGCUUUGUUGUAAAAGAUAGUUAUUUGUGUCUAUAUUAAGAAUUCCUAGCCCAAAACUUCGAACACUUCUGAAUUUUUUCAAAAAUUAACAAUAAAUAAAACUUUUGAAAUCA